AUGAUUCACUGUUGUAAGUGUGGGAUAGAAAUCGAACCAAACAUGCGAAGCAUCUGCUUUCGCUGUUUGAAUAAUGAGACAGAUGUGACUAGAAGCAUAAAGACCUCAAUGGCCAUAGAAACAUGCAGAGGAUGCAAGCGAUAUUUCUUUCCAUCAAAAGGCUGGAAAGUUCUUUCUUGGGGGUCACAGGAUCUUCUCAUAUUCCUGCUUGGACGCAAUAAAUCACUAAAGGGCCUGAAUAUUGUCGAUUCCAACUUCGUCUACACCGAGGAGCAUUCUAUGAGAAUGAUCGUUGAAAUAAAAGUAGCACAGGAUGGCAUCGAGCAAAGCUGCAUGCUCAGAUACAAUGUAACUAAUAUGCAGUGCACAAACUGCAUGAGAACAGAGGCAAAGCAGUAUUGGAAGGCAUUAGUACAGCUAAGGCAGAGACCCCAUCACAAGAGAACAUUUCUUUAUAUCGAGCAAUUAAUUUUGAAGCACAAAGCCCAUCUCCCCGCCUCAAAUAUAAAAGAGCGCAAGGAUGGUAUUGAUUUCUACUACUUGGAUCGCCAGGACGCCGUUCAUAUGGUUGAUUUUCUAUCAAGCUACUGUGGGACGCGCGUAAUUAAUUCUUCAAGACUGAUCAGCGAGGAUGAGUCUAACAAUACUGCAAACAAGAAAUUUACCUUUUCCGUCGAAAUAUUGCCGUUUUGCAAGGAUGAUCUGGUCUAUCUAGGACCUGGGAAUAUGCUUGGGCUAGGAAAUUUCGCACUGGUUUCAAGGGUGGGAUCUACCGUUACAUUUUUCGAUCCAGUUACACAAAAGAGUAACAAGCUUUAUUCCAAGCAGUACUACUCCAACGAAGACAAGUUUAAAAUUCUCAUGAGAUCGUGCAACUUCAAGAAGUACAGGGUUGUGUAUUGCAGACCACUGGGAAAUGAGCUAUACGAAGCCACACUCACAGCAGACGACCUAAAAUUCUUUGAUGUAACAACGCAUCUGAAAAUAAAGGACGAUGACACGGUUGCUGGAUAUAACCUUGAGGGGUCUAAUCUAGCAACAGAUAUAGAUCUGGGAACAGACAUUCUUCUUGUUCGAGUGUUUAAUAAUUCAAAGAGAAACUGGACAUUAAAGUCAGAAAAGGAGGUAGAUGAUGAAUACAUGUAUUUUAUUGAUGAUAUUUCCAAUGACAAGGAGAUGCUGAAUAGAGUGUGUGUAUUUGACAGUAAAGACGAGCUCGUCGACAAUAUUGAAACAUUAGGAAUAUGA